ACAAUCAAACGGACGUUUGUCCAUUGCUCGAACCUCUGUGCCUAUGCAAUUUUUCCGGUCGAGGUGAUGCUGUCGUGCGCCUGCGAGAUUACUCGGGUGGAAUUGUCAUCCGCAAGGCAUUCGCUACGCUCCAACCGAGUGCACUGUCGCUUACCACGGAGGAAAUUUCCCGCUGGUGACGACGCUUUCGUGGAUCAUGGGGGGUUUCUUGUUUCUUGAAGUGGUGACCAGCUGAUGGAAGCUGAGGGUGGUGCAGUGAAACGCAAGGAAGAUUUCUUUUUGUGUGGUUUUUUGUGGUUGGGGGUUUGGAAAGAAUCAUGGGUUCUUCUGGGAAAGGCUGCAGCAACAGUUUUGAUUACUCGUUCAAGAUAUUGGUGACUGGGGAUUCGGGUGUUGGCAAGAGCAGCCUUCUCCUCAGCUUCAUCUCUAAUUCUGUUCAUGAUCCUUCUCCUACCAUUGGACUGGGAUCUCUCUGGCUUUACUUCUUAUGUCCCGUAUUGCAAUCAGGUGUGGACUUUAAGAUCAAGCUUUUGACUGUUGGAGGCAAGAGAUUGAAGCUUACAAUCUGGGAUACUGCUGGACAAGAGAGGUUUGGGACGUUGACGAGCUCAUAUUAUAGAGGGGCACACGGAAUUAUAUUGGUUUAUGACGUGACACGGCGAGAGACUUUCACAAAUUUGUCUGAUAUAUGGGCGAAAGAAGUGGAUCUUUACUCUACAGAUCAGGACUGUAUCAGAAUCUUAGUUGGGAAUAAGGUUGAUAAGGAGAGUGAAAGGGCUGUAACAAGGGAAGAAGGAAGAGAUCUAGCUCAAAGACAUAGAUGUUCGUUUCUUGAAUGUAGCGCAAAAACUAGAGAGAACGUCAAUCAAUGCUUCAAGGAGCUUAUACAGAAGAUGAUGGAGGUGCCUAGUAUACUAGAGAAGGGAUCUGUGGCAGUGAAGAAGCAAAUCCUGAAACAGAAAGAACUGGAUCAACCGCCUCACCAAAGCAGCUGCUGUUCGUAGAUAGAAUUUUUUGGCAAACAAAAACAAAUAGGUGAUAUAGAAUCGAUACACAUGUUGAACAGAAGAUUUACCGUUGCAGGUACAUUGUAAAUCUGGUGGUAUAGGUAUAGGUAUAGGUAUAUUUUCAGAGUCUGUUGAUCUAUUGCUGUGCUAUAUUUAUGUUUUGUAAAUAAAAAAGGUUUUAUUAUUCAUAA